AUCAUAUGAUCAUAUCAGUCGAGUCAACAAGAAGCGCAGCAAGGCGUCCUUUUCAAGCGACUAUACUGUACUAUACUGCUGGCGCUAGCUUUGGAGAUGGGAUGCAUGGAGAGUAAAGAAGAUCAAGUAGGAUCUGACAGUCCUACAAAUCAACCAUUAAUGGGAACUGCUGACGGAGGAAUGAGUGGAUAUGGAUACGAGGGUGGAGUGGUGAAUGUCUCAAUGAACAACAGUGAUCAGAACGAAGCCAGAAACGGAAUGCAUCUCUCCGAGCAGAGAGUAGGUGGACAGUACUUGCAAUCAUUUUCCGGACAGCCCCAAGAUUUUCCUGUUACUGGACAGCCUAUCGUAAGCAGCGGAAGUUUUAGAAACACUACGAACGGUCUACCCACAGAGCUAGAUGUACAAGGAGACGGAGUGAGAUCACCACGAGGAAUAGACGUAAUGGAGAAUUUGAGAAAAGCUUACGAAUGGCAUUCAAAGUUUGAUAGUCCCAGUCAAGAAUUUUUGUCACUGAUGGAUCGCUUGUACAUGGAAUGUCAAGUUCAUUUGAGCAGUCUUUCCUCUAAAGGUGAUGCAGAGAGUAGAAUUGAAGCUGAUGUCAUCGUUCAAGAAAUGAUUGCUGUUCGAAAUCGCUGGGGGACAAAGCUACUACCCAACUCGAUAUGUAAUGCCUUCGUACGUGAGCGAAUCCCACAUACGGUUGAUGGUCGAGACUUUAGAAUCGACUGUGCACAAUUCUUUGAGCCCGUUCCUUUCUAUGGCUCGCAGCAAACUGACAAUCCGGGAGAGCUGAUGAAACUCUAUCGAUUCUCAGUCUACGAUUUGUCCAGAAACGAAGUUCUUUUGAGGUAUUAUUUGGAGAGAAGCAAUGUCACCCAACUCUACCAUGUGCUGUGUUUCACAUGCGACAACUAUCGAGGUCAAGUGUACGCAUACGGAUCUGAAGUCCCCUCAUAUUGGGAAGUGAGAAAUCACAUGGUGCAAGACGUAAAGCAAAGACUCAAAAGCCAGAGGGUACCUAAUCUCACAAACACAACCAUUCCUACUCAACAGCGAGGACCAGUUAUUAUACAGAUUCCCUAGGUGUCUCUUUCUAUAUCUAUAAUGUGUUGCGUCUUUUUCUGUGCGUUCUUUGUCUGUCGUAUGUUAAACAGAGAAUGGAUGUGUUGUACAUUUUAUGCGUUUCAUUCAUGGACCAAUCUGUUUUAACUUGAUGUACGUGUUUCUAGAUCUGUGAUCAUGUGAUGUGA